ACAUCACUCACUAAGCAAGCACUCACCAACUGCAACACUACCACUGCCGCUCCCAGUCCCCUCAACCUGCAAACAUAUCAAUCACCUAGGCAACGCACUCACCAACUGCAACACUACCACUGCCGCGCCCAGUCCACUCAACCUGGAAACAUGUCAAUCACUCAAACAACGCACUCACCAACUGCAACACUACCACUGCCGCUACCAGUCCCCUCAACCUGCAAGCAUAUCAAUCACCUAGCAACGCACGCACCAACUGCAACACUACCACUGCCGCUACCAGUCCCCUCAACCUGCAAACAUAUCAAUCACCUAGCAACGCACUCACCUACUGCAACACGUACCACUGCCGCGCCCACUCCCCUCAGCCUGCAAACUUAUCAAUCACUCGAGCAGCACUCACCAACUGCAACACUACCACUGCCGCUUCCAGUCCCCUCAUCAACCCUCACCCUCACCCCUGUAUCCCCCCAGCCCAGGCCACCGACACCCACGCUGCCCGGGAUACCACAGCUGCGCCUGACGCGACGCAUGUGA